AAAGUGCAGAAUGUAAUCCAAAGCUGCGUGUUUACUGAUGUAAACAGGAAGUGCUGGCGUGACGUCAGCGGGCUCUGCAGUGAAGCACACGCGCAAAGGGAUGUGAAUUCAUCUGGCGCUACUGGAUCAGAGGUCAGAGGUCAGGAUGGCUCACAUCACACUCAAUCAGUACCUGCAGCAGGUUCUGGAGGCCAUCGACAGCAGAGACGGGUCAUUCUGUGCGGAGAUGCUGUCCUUCAAACACCCGCAUGUGGCCAACCCUCGUCUGCAGCUGUCCAAUCCAGAGGAGAAGUGUCAGCAGCUACUGGAGCCGCCGUACGACGAGAUGGUGGCCGCUCAUCUCAGGUGCACCUUCGCUGUGUCCAAUCAUGACUUUGUGGAGGCCUACAAAUGCCAGACGGUGGUGGUUCAAUCAUUUCUGAGAGCGUUUCAGGCGCAUAAAGAGGAAAACUGGGCUCUGCCGAUCAUGUUUGCCGUGACCCUCGACCUCAGGAUAUUUGCCAAUAAUGCGGAGCAGCAGCUGCAGGUGAAGGGGAAGGGGAAGGUUGGAGACAUGCUGGAGAAAGCAACGGAGCAGCUGAUGAACUGCUUUAGAGUCUGUGCCAGCGAUAAUCGCGCUGGGAUCAAUGACUCAAAGAAAUGGGGAAUGUUGUUUCUGAUCAAUCAGCUCUUCAAGAUCUAUUUCAAAAUCAAUAAGCUGCACCUGUGUAAGCCGCUGAUCCGCGCCAUCGACGGCUCCACGCUGAAGGACGAGUACAGCAUGGCUCAGCGUGUCACGUACAAGUACUACGUGGGCAGGAAGGCCAUGUUCGACAGCGACUUCAAACCAGCUGAGGAGUGUCUGUCCUUCUCCUUCACACACUGCCAUCGCUCCUGUCAGAGGAACAAGAGGCUCAUCCUCAUCUACCUGCUGCCCGUCAAGAUGCUGCUGGGUCACAUGCCCACACAUCAGCUGCUGAAGAAGUACGACCUCAUGCAGUUCGCUGACGUCACCAAGGCCGUGAGCGAGGGGAACCUCUUACUGCUCAAUGAAGCUCUGGUCAAACAUGAGACCUUCUUCAUCCGCUGCGGCAUCUUCCUCAUCCUGGAAAAGCUGAAGAUCAUCACUUACAGGAACCUCUUUAAGAAAGUGUAUCAUCUGCUGAAGACGCAUCAGCUUCCUCUGGACGCCUUCCUGGUGGCGCUGAGGAUGAUGAAGGUGGAGGACGUGGACGUCGAUGAAGUGCAGUGCAUCCUCGCCAACCUCAUUUACAUGGGUCACAUCAAGGGUUAUAUUUCCCAUCAGCACCAGAAGCUGGUCGUCAGCAAGCAGAACCCGUUUCCUCCACUGUCCAGCGUAUCCUGAACAUCAGCUCCCAGAAUGCACCUGUUACCAGGAGAAAACACGCUGUUCUUCAGUGAUUCAUUCUUAUUUUAUGUUUGCCCUUGUUUUUUUUUCUAUUAUGUCAAAUAAACGUCACACUGUUUUGUA